GACGACGGUACACUUAUCGUGAGAGCGCUCUCACGGAAACUGGGUAACAUUUUUAGACCGCAGUGACAAUGCAUUCUUUAAGAAACUGUUUCUGUGGCCAGUGGUCAUCCAAUGCCAGACUUGAUGAGAAAACAGUUAUCAUAACUGGAGCUAACACCGGCAUAGGGAAGGAGACCGCAAGAGACUUGGCAAAGAGAGGUGCUCGGAUCAUCAUGGCCUGCAGAGAUCUGGAGAGAGGAGAGUGGGCCAGGGAGGAGAUUGUGGAGGACUCGGGGAAUCAGAAUGUUGUCUUGAAGAAACUAGACCUGUCUAGCACCAAGUCAAUACGGGAAUUUGCAGAGUUGAUUAACAAAGAGGAAAAGCAACUCAAUAUUCUUAUCAACAACGCUGGUGUGAUGCUGUGUCCAUACUCCAAAACAGCUGAUGGAUUUGAGAUGCAGAUUGGCGUUAACCACCUGGGUCACUUCCUGCUCACAUUCCUGCUGCUGGACCUGAUCAAGAGGUCGGCUCCCGCUAGGAUCGUCAAUGUGGCCUCGGUGGCCCACACAUGGGGCGGCAUCCAGCUGGACGACAUCAACAGCGAGAAGGGCUACAACGCACGCAGGGCCUAUGGCCAGAGCAAGCUGGCCAACAUCCUCUGCACGCGGUCUCUGGCCAGGAGACUGCAGGGAAGUGGCGUGACGGUGUACUCGCUUCACCCUGGCGUGGUGAGGACGGAGCUCUGGAGGCACCUCAGCGUCCCCGUGCAGCUGGCCGUCAGGGUGUUCAGCGCCUGCACCAAGACCUCGUCCCAGGGAGCGCAAACCUCCAUCUAUUGUGCUGUCGACCCAGCUCUGGAGGAGGAGAGCGGUGGAUAUUACAGUGACUGUGCUCCAGCGAGAUGCUCAAGAGCUGCCCGAGAUGAUGAAAUGGCCGAGAAGCUGUGGGAGCUCAGCGGUCAGAUGCUUGGGAUUCAGUGGGAUUAGAGGCCAAGUACAACAAUAUUAUUAACAAAAAAACCCUGUACAGUACAUUAAGACUAACUUCACUGACACUUUGAAUGACAAGAUAAAUGUUAGAUUAUUAUCAGUGAAAUACAUAAAUGCAAUUAUUUUCUAGAAUAAUUUGAACAGUCACAUUUCAGACAUGCCUAUUUUGUAUAUCAUCUCAAGCACAGGUAGUUACUGAAGUAUCAGUAUUUCUAGAAAAAAGAAACUUGUUCCUGUCAGUUUCUAAUAAUGAUUGUAUACAUACUUGGCAUCAUGUCUAUAUUUAAACUUGUUGGGUAUCAUUAAAAAGAUUAUUCCUGUAAUU